UCCCCCUAGCGGCCAAUCGGUGGGUGCGCUGGGAGACGCUCCCGGCGAGGGGACAGAGGGCGUUAGAGGCGCGGGCGCCGCCAGGAGCCAGGUUCCGCGAGGGACGGAAAAUGGCGGCCUUAGGGUCCCCGGCGCGCACCUUGCGAGGCCUCCUGCGCGAGCUGCGCUACCUGAACGCGGCCACCGGGCGACCCUAUCGCGACACCGCAGCCUAUCGGUACCUCGUGAAGGCUUUCCGUGCUCAUCGGGUGACCAGUGAGAAGCUGUGCAGAGCCCAGCAUGAGCUGCAUUUCCAGGCGGCCACCUACCUGUGCCUCCUGCGCAGUGUCCGGGAACACCUGGCCCUGCACCAGGAGUUUCACGGCAAGGGCGAGCGGUCAGUGGAGGAGUCCGCAGGCCUGGUGGGUCUCCAGCUGCCCCAUCAGCCUGGAGGGAAGGGCUGGGAGCCCUGAUCGUGGACAGAUGCCAUGCAUGCCACUGUCUGAGGAGUGUGAUCAUUUCUGCUAAUAUGUAUUUAUCAUUAAAUUUUUUUUUAAGUUGAGGGUUUCUAUGUUGUCAUCUUAUUGAGUGAAUGAUUAGAGGAAUAAAUUGGAGGUUUCAUUUUAACUGUCA